GGCAGAGAUGCGCAUGCUGCGUUGGAUGUGUGAGCAUACUAGGAAGGACCGCGUGAGGAAUGAGACAAUCAGACAAAGGGUGGGAGUAGCACCUAUUGAAGACAAGAUGCUGGAGUCGCGCCUACGGUGGUUUGGUCAUGUGCGUAGAAGACCGAGUGAUGCACCUGUUAGGCGAGUUGAGAUGUGUGGAGAAGAGGCAGGGAAGAGAGGGAGAGGAAGACCCAAACAGACGUGGGUUAGGGGAGUUCGAAGUGAUAUGCUUCUUCUGGGGUUGGAUGAGGGCAUGACUUUGGAGAGAACUAAGUGGAGGGCGGGUAUUCAUGUGAAGGAGUGAUCUUGAUAAUCUUUUUCCCUCAUCUUUUUUUCCUGGUUUUUUUAUCCUUAUAUAUAUAUGCAUUAUUUGCAGCCUUUUUAUUUUAUCAUUUUUAUAUAUAUUCAUCUUUUUUAUAUUAUCUUUUCAUAAUAGCUUAUCUUUUUAUCUUUUUUCCUUCUUUUCCUUUUGAUUGUGAUAUCAUGUAUCGAUUCAUGUUAGCCGACCCCAAUAUCUUUUGGGACUAAGGCUUGGAUGUUGUUGUAUAGCUCUAGGCUCUAGCCUAAAAAUAGAUGGAACACAAUGAGCCAAGACUUUUAUGGAUCGAUCUAGUUAUGAAAAUGUAAGUUUGGACUAAUUAUAGUGGUUGUUUUUAGAUUAUCGAGAUCAACUUUUGUAUUUUUAUUCUUGUAACUGAUUAAAAAAUAUGGCAAUGUUUCACAGAGGGUAUGAUGUGUUGUUUUAUUGUAGUUUUUAACUUGUUAAUUUGGGUAAAAUACACCGUACGGCCGGCCGUACGAUGCUCACCGUACAGCUGGGUUUUUUUGUAAUUAAACCUCCGUGAUUCAGCCCUGCAACUCAUCAACGAAGACGACGAAGGACGGCAGAUCGAAAGUCUGGUGCAACUCACGAAGGCAGAUCGUCGAUAGCCAAGCUUCCAAGUGCAACUCACGAGUCACGACUGAGAUUCUUAGCCGACGCAGAGACGAUUCUACCCCUGUGAGCGAUUCCUAUUCUUCACACUCUAUUUUUCGAUCUCCGCUAAUUACUGGCCUGCUACCUGGGCUGCCACAUUUUUUAUACAAAAUGAAAUUAUGAGCAUAAUAGACAUUUCGAAUGAGUUUUAUGAUUGCUCAUUUUGUAAUUUAUGUAUACUCAUUUGAUAUUUGCUUAAUACUCAUUUUAAAUGAAAUGAGUUUUAUGUUAAACUCAAAUGAGUACAAAGUAUAACGUCCAAAAAGAAUGAGCACACACAAAUGAACCUUUUA